AUGCCUCCCAGCACCUUGAACAUCCCCUUCCCAUCCGAAAGCCUUGUCCGCACCGCCGAACAAGCCCUCGUCGUCGACGCUGAGCUCUCGCCUCUUGUGCGCCGAUCGUUCUCUACAUCCGAUAACACCUUGCGCGUCGACUACUCCGCGACCACGAACCGCAUGCUGCGUGUGGCCGUGAACGGCUUCUUUGAGAGCCUAGGCGUCGUUCUGGGCGUUAUGAAGGAAUUGGACGUGGACGUUGUACAUGGCGAUCUUGAGGGAGAGUUGACAGGCGUGCAGGGGUUGGAGGUCAGCGAGUGA